CGACCCGAACACGUUCUGACCCGAACCCAUUCCGACCCUAAGCUGUUUCGACCCGAACAGUUGCUCUUAUGUUUCUUUCGACGGUGCUAGCACCGACGGCGAGAAUCCAUGGUGCCUCAUUUGACAAUGAUGAGUUCACUGGACCAACAUUCCCUGCUGAAUAACUUACAAAGAUUCCUUUCUAAAUAGCACUAAAUGCACCAGAAACACUAUUAGUAAAAUCAGUCUUUCCGAUCAGCUUCGACUUACACCCUUGACUAUCACAUCUUCCUGAACCAGAAGCACAAUUAGUGAAAUCUCUGGCUCCGGAAAAUGACGGUGUACGAGAAACAAAGAAUGAAAACAAUUGAAGAGAACAAAGCGAAAAUGAAAGCAGCGGGUCUUGAUGAAAAGGCGUAUCCGUUUAAGGGUACAAUUCCGAUGUCACAAAAUGAGAAGAGUAAAGGUAAAAAGAAGGGGGGUUUGGAAGACAAUGAGGAGCUUAUGCCAUUUUCCACCAAUGAGGAAUCAAGUUAUUCAAGCGGACCAGAUAAACGAAAUGAAAUAUGUGCAUCUAAAAAGAAGAGCAUAAUGACAAGUCAAGGUGGCCAAGGUAGAAGACAAAGUGGCCGAGCGGGGCAACCUAGAGACGAUGGACGACGUGUUGAUCCAUCUCCAAGAAACUUGGUUAUUAAUGCAAAGCAAUCUCAAGAACUAGAGAAAGAAAUUGUUAAUGACACAACUUAUGAGCCCGAGGAAGAAAUUGGUGAUAGUAUGACAUGUAGAAAACGCGGCAUUACAUGUGGUAAAGGAGCUCCAAAGGAAAUGAAGGCUGCUAAGAAGAAAUUGCCAGUGGAGUUCAAUUUUGAUGCAAUGGAAGUAAUAUGUGAAAAUGCCUCAUCUUUCAUGCAUGAAUGUGGCUACAUUUUGCGUAACAAUUGUAGGUUACAAUAUAAAGAAUGGAGAGAUGUACCGAUUGAAGUUAGGUUGCCAUUACGCCACAAGCUAACCACACUUUUUGAAAUUGAUGUGGAGAACGCAGAGGUUUGCAAGGUUAUUGAUAGCUAUUUGGCAAAGGCAUGGAGAGGUUACAGAAGUAAGUUGCAUGAAGACUUCAAACAGAUUGGAGGAUUGGAAGAUCCGACUAAGGCAAAGACUACACCUCCUUCUAAUGUUAGCAAAGAAGACUGGGAAUAUCUUUGUGAUAUGUGGUCUGAGACAAAAUACAAGGAAAAUGCAGAAAAGAAAGUUAAGGCACGUGCGCAACGAAAAAUAAAUAGCAAAAAUGGCUCGAAAAGUACAAUACGCUAUCAUAUUGAGCGUGGACUAGAUUUGGAAUCUUCAACCGGGCAAAUUGAGACAUGGCGACUAACUCAUUGGGACGCAAAAUGCGGCUGCAAAAUAUGGUUUGGUUUCAAACCGUGA